AUGAACGAAAUUGAACGCAAGAAAAGUUAUCGUCAACAUCGUUUACGCAUACAAAAUGCCACCAGUUUGGUCAAUAGCCAGGCACCAUCCCGACAAACCGCCAAUCCUGGGGAACAAAGAAAAUUAACGUUCCUAGAAAUGAUGACGGCUCUGUAUCAGAAAGGAAAUUCAAGAACAUUUACCCAAACCCCGUUGGCAGUAAUGCCACAUGCCAAAAGUUGUUGCCCUUUAAAAAUCGAUAACAAACAAUUAUCCAAACGCGACAUGCACUCAUCGUGUUUAUCUUUGGAUCAUGAUGGUAAGAAGCGAAAAUCUAAAGAAUGCAUGGAGCAUAUGGACAAGAGAAAUAAACUCGCACCCGGCGAUAUACCCUAUCACAUUUGGCAACGUUAUCGCCAGUUGCCAUUCAUUCGCACUCCCAGCAUGCUAAUGAAACUGCUAAGGCCUCAAAUAUUUCUCGAAUUGCAGUUGAGCAGUGGCCAACCUUUGGGCCGCCUUGUCAUACAGCUGUUCACCGAAGCCUGUCCGGAAAUUGUUCUACAAUUUGUACGUAUAUGCCUGGCACAACAGGCGGAACGUUUUAAAUUCUCGCGUAUCUUGUUGCACCUCUGGCUGGAGGGGGAACUGCAUUUGAUGGAUAAGCAUGCUCUGACCAUGCCGAAUAUCGAACAUGAUCCGAUGGCCAUUAAUCAUGGCAGUGCUGCUGGUAUUCUCUCGUUUCCCAGCCGGUAUUUGCGUGGCAGUAAAUUUCGUUUCAUCAGCUUCAGUGUAAGUUUCAAGCCUAUCGAUGUGCUGAAUGGCAAGCGGAUUGCCUUUGGCAAGGUACGGCGGGGCCAACAUGUGUUGAAGCAGCUGCAACAGAAUUGUGAAACGGCCGACAAUGGUAGGCCGUUGAAAGAAAUUUAUGUAACAACGUGUGGUGUUUUGUGA